UAGUGUUGAAAAAUGUUUGUUUUUGAAAACUACCUUCCCAAAAAACGUUUCRAUUUUAUAUAAUCGUGCACAAUUAUUCAUGAGGCUAAGUACGAUAUGAACAAUUACUGAUGUAGUCUGAGGAUGAUAUAAARAGUUKCACAGGCCAAGGUGAUGUUAUCCGACAAAUUUACGAAUUAUAUCAGAAAAACUAUUUCAUCUCAAAAAAAGUUYGCAUGCCUUGCUUCAAGAUAUGUAGAAUUGAUGGACACUUAGCAAUCAAAAGAGAGUAUAUAUUUUGAAUAGAUAAAAUGAAAAAAGUUGAUUCGWUUUUUUUGACCUUGUAAAUGUAUAGUCAUACAGCCUUAUUUCGCUUAACAUUUUUCCCUUUUUGAUUUUACAUCUGCUACAAUUGUCUGAAUAUAUAAAAAUUGUAAACAGUUCUUAACUCCGUCAUUGCUCCGUCAUUGCUCAGUUAAACUAAAAACAUUGYACCGCCUUUCUUUUAAUUGACAAUUGCUUAUGUAUAGUAGAUCUCUUCGCCGUAGCCUUGAUAAGAAAUUCGGUAAGACCAGUCUGUAAGUGCUUGAUCCUCCUUGGGUACUUAAGAAGGGUUGAUUGUAUCUUAGCAUAGUCUAAAAUAUUCAAAAUAGCUAAGAAUUUUUUUUAGYUCAGAUAAUUGGAAAUCUCUCUUGAAGCAGACAAACAAGGCAAGUGCAAUUUGUUCUUUAUUAGUGUGCCUUUAUAUAAAAAUACGCACUUUUUACACCAGUAAAAGCAACCACCACUGUACUAAAACCUUCUCAGAAAUGGUAGGUUUUCAUAGCAUUUUAUAUUUCUUUCUAGUUCCUUGAUGGUAACGAAAGAAGACGUAAAAUAACAUUAAGAAAACAUAUUACCAUUGCCGACGGGAGGCGUUGUGUUAGCAGCUGUUAGCUGACUAGCCGAGCGAGCUAAAGUGAGCUGUUAUCAAAUGUCAUCCACAGCCGUUCGAAAUCAARCGGUACCGUUUUACAAAAUGUUUUUUUCUUGCUAUCUAUGUAUCGAGUUUACUUUUACAGGGUUUAUAACUUUAUUUUUUUAUAUAACAAAUGAUAGUUUCCGUAAACAGACCGAAUUAUCAUGAAAAUCUCCACUCAUUUAUUUCAUCUAUGCGGUUAGUUGGCACCCUUUAGCAGCAUGCGACGUCGCUAGUAUUCCGGUCCUAGUUUAUAAAACUCGUUAGAAAUACCUUAGUGUAUUAUUAUAAGGAUGCAUGUAAGGAACUAUAUGACUGAUCCAUAUAAAUGAUAUGAAAUGCGAUGUAUAAAUACACUAUAUUGACGCACAUAAGACAAAAAAUAGUAAUUAAAAAAUAUAUAUAUAUCUUAUUCAGGGACCGAUAUGUUUGCUUGCUUCAUAGUUCAGUUCUAUGAAAAACUGGCAGAGAACAACAUAAAUUAGUAAUGAUUAUACAGAUAGUUAUGCACUCAUUUUAAAGACUUUAUGSUCUAGUGAUGUACUUUCUUCAUUGUUUUGAGUUUUGUUGUGCAACUCGGUAAAUGAAAUCAUGGGCAUGAUAUUUUGAUACCAUGGCUAGACACAGAAUGACAAAAUCAUAUUUUUAAUCCAAUGGUCGGCUUGUUUUAUUUGGUCACUAGGAGCAGUUUCGAAUUUUUGUUUGAAGAAUCUUCUGGAAAAUAUGGAUAGUUUCCGAAUUUUCAUCUGUUUCCAUAGAUUUCCUGCGAUACAUUAAUAAAUAUGACACAUUAACAAUGUUGACUGAAAUAKAUGGAUAUAAAUGUUUGCACACACACUCGGAAAACAUUGUUCGAUGUAAUAGAUGCGAUCAAAGGAUAAAAUAGAAGGAAUCUACUUUGACGACUUCUUGAAAUAUUGUUUGAUAACAUACUCUAUUUACAUUAGAAUUGUUACCAUCUUAAAGCCUUUGGAAUUGACUGAAGAGUUUUUCAUCCACAAGAUGUGUUUACAAUAUCUCUACACGAAAUAUAACGUGCACAUCCUAAUGAUAGUCCCUCUGGCCAGAGCUCGCAAUGACGCUGUUGCUGGUUGGUUGUCAGUUACAGUGAAAAAUUCCACGGUCUGUUUCGUAUCCUCAUUUGGUCAAUAUUUAAAACAAAUCUUUUUGAAAUCUCGUUUUUUUGAGUUGUGCUGCAUAUCAAUGAUGAUAUUUGCAAACUUUUAUGCAACUUUGGUCGCAAGUGGAUCAUCGCCAUUCUACUCGUUAAAAGUUAAAGCCAGGGCUUUCAAACAGAAAACAGAAUGCAUUCAUAGGAUCGUGUUUUUCCUUUCUUUUUUUGUUUUUUAGACUUUUCAUUCCCGGAACUUUAAAGGAAAAUGGCAGAAAACCUGAUGCAUAGACAAGGAAUUUAAACAGAAACAAAAGGAUAAAAAUGAAGAAAAUAUAAAGAAAAGAAAGAAAAAUGGAAUGAAACAAUACUUAGGAAGUUUYUUGAAACRUGAUAUUGUUGYAWUUCAGUCUUAUUUGACGGCAAAAAUGUCAAAAUCGGAAACGUUUCGUCAAACCAACAAUCAGAUAUGAUUGAUUGUCCGACGGUACUGAAGAAAGUCGGCAGUUUUAAUUUGAAUAGUUGGUCUUCAUUAACAAUUGCCAAUCAAAAACAAUUCAUAUGCGAACUAUCAACAGAAACUAAAAAAAGACCGGUGUCCUAGCGCUGUUUGAUGGAACUAGUGAUAAUCACAAAGUGCAAUUACUAUCUUUGCUGUGAUUGGUCAUUCCUUUCAAUUAAUAGACUCUUAUUGAAUUCUGUUUUUACCGUGAUAUUCUCGAUAAAUCGUUGKCAGUAAGCAAGCAAGUGCACUAAGCCUCGGGCCUCAUUACACUUACCGAAAUCUUGAUUAUUUUUGAUACUCACAAAAAACGAAUGCAAUAAAAUGUUAUUAUUGAACAACCAACCGUAUGUUAUUAAAAGAUCUCUUAAGUCAAGGGUUUUUGACAUGUUUUGAAGACAUCAAGUUUUGAGAAUAUAAACAAUGUUUGUGAUUAAUCACCUUUUAGACAUACUGGCAGGGAGGAACUCUGUUACUUACAAACUAAUUAAGAGAAAACUCCACAGAACUACGAAAUCGCACUGAAAUUAUUGAGAUAUAUGUAAAAAUAUCUCGUAGCAGCCAAAGCGUUCAUGCAAGCAGUACCAAGUGGUUUCUUAAUGCAAAUUCUUGAGUAAAGUACGUGGCACAAACACAACUAAAGAGGAAAUUACAAAAGUCACCUGACUUAGUUCAUAGUACUAACAGAACUAUUUUCAUCACAGAUUAUUCCUUGAAACGAAAAGAAAUUAAAGGCGAUUCCUUGAAGGAAGAGAAUUGAAAGGUAGUGAGGACCGCACAUCCUGCCAUAAAUAACUGGCCGUAAGGUAAUUUACCGAUUGACAACAAGCGCAGCUGUCGCGUGGCGAAGGGAGAAAUCCAUCAGUUGUUUACCAUCAACACGCCCAACCAUGGCUCAAAAUGUAACAUUUUCCAACAACAGUUCGACGGCAGCGCCUUCUAACGAUGACAAUACAAUAUUAAUAACUGUAAUGUGUUUCCUGGCCGUUCAAGGCUGUUUUGUUGUGAUUAUAAACGCGUUAGUAAUAUACCUCAUCGCUAAAAAACAUUCCUUACGAACAACGACAAACUUAUGCCUGGGAAGUCUUGCUAUUUCUGACAUGAUGACGGGUUUGUUUGUGAUUCCUAUGAUCAUCUGGUGCAAUGCAAACUCGUAUAUGUUUGGUGUAUGCCUGGCAAUGGAUCUUGGAAAUCGUUUUCUUGCUAUUUCCACRAUUCUCCAUCUUCUUGUGAUUACAGCAGAACGAUAUUACACMAUAGUCUUUUCKCRUGCUGCUAUGUCACACUGCUCCAUCACGAUCCCAGAAGCCUUGGYUGCUCUCCCAUGUUUGUGGGCCUUCGCUUUGGUAGCUUCCUUUGUGCAGCUCUUCUGGGUGUUUGAUAGUGAUGAGGCGAGAAAACUACGGGUUACCAUCGUUUAUGACCUUAUUGUUCUUUCUAUGCUAGUCUUUCUACCGUUGAUUAUAAUGGCUGUAGCAUAUGGUCAUAUAUUCUUUGUACUGAGGAGGCAGAUAGCUAAGAUAAAGCGCGGAAUAAGACACUUGAGCGAACAAACUCUCGAAAGACAUAACUGGAAAGAAAGAAAGGCAUUACUCAUCUAUGGAGCUAUGAUUAUCGUCUUUGUGAUUGGUUGGUUUAAYUAUUUCUUUCUUACUCUGCAAGAUGACCUACAGCUCAAAGGAUUACCGACACCAUUAUGGGUCAACAUUAUGCUACUGUUUUUAAAGAAUAGUACAGGUAUAUUAAAUCCUAUAUUAUAUACGUACUUGAAACAGGACUUCAGAAAAGCAAGACGGACUCUGGGAAUAUGUACUAAAAAAGACGUAAGGGCAAACAAYUUCAGCACAAACGAGAUGACUUCUACUAACUUUGCUUCUACGGUUGUCGUCUAUCAGAAAGUUUUAGUAUAGAUUACUAGUUCUUGUAAUAAURAUAAUAUAUAAUAUGCUAUUUCUUGAACAUUGAUAACUGUUUGUAUGAAGGUAUCGCGUUACACAAUAUGUAAAUAAAAGCAUUAUGGAAGAUUGGAAAUUGAGA